UCCCGGAACCGCGUGGCAGGAGAGGAAGAGUUGGGGUGGGACGGGGGGCAGCGCUCCGAGAAAGCAACCGGUGUGGGGUGUCUGGGUUUCGCCCAGUUCGCGGGAGGCGCUUGGACUUCGCAAACUCCUUUGCAAUUGCAAGACAGCCAUGUACAUGUGGAUUCUUCUGCUUCUCUGUGGGAUCAUGAUAGGACCCACAGUUUCAGAACCACCCAAGGACCAGCCGCACGAUCCCUUCAAUUAUGAUUAUACGACACUAAGAAUUGGGGGACUGAUUUUUGCUGUUGUCCUGUUCCUGCUCGGCAUUCUCAUUGUGCUCAGUCGCCGUUGCCGUUGCAAGUUCAACCAGCAACAAAGGACGGGUGAACCAGACGAAGAGGAAGGGACCCUGCGCAGCUCAAUCCGGCGUUUAUCCACCAGGAUGAGAUAGAAGAAGCCUGAAACAGGCUCACCAUUCCUCUUGGAUCCAGAGUGCUCCCUUCCCUUCCCUGCACAGCCCUAGAUACCCCAGCAAGGCUCUUAACUCUUACAUGGAACCCAGAUGUCUCCAUGAUGAUCCCAGCCCAACUGAGCCCCCACCAUCUUGGAAGCCCUUCCCACCCCAGACCUGCUGCUUGGAUGCUGCUUUCAUUUGGAGAGGGAGAGAGGGGUGGUUGUCAUCCAGCCCUUUGCAUUUGUUUGUUUGGCUUAAUUCUAGUACUCAGCUAUAGAGAAGGCUAAACUUGUAUUCUCAAAUUGUUAUGUUCUUGCCUUCCCAAGAUGCACAGGGAGGGAGUGGUACACUCUUCAGGCCUGUCUAAGCAUAUAAGUCGGCCAAUGACGGAUAGCUCCAUCCCGGCUCGGGGCAUGCCAAGAAAAUGGACGUGGUGAGGCGCUUUUGUCCCCCUGGCUCCUGUCCCUGAGGAAGGGACCUCAAGAAACUGAGGCUCAUCUGAAGUAGAGUGGUACUUAAUUAGCCUUCAUGUUUGUUGUUAUUUGGUGUCAGUUGGUGGGCAUGUAGCGAACCUGUUGCACCCUACGAGAAGGGGAGGGAAGCAUUUCACCUCCAAUCCUGGAGUGUUAAUGGCCCAUACCCAAGCUAGUCUGGGAGGGGAAUCCUGCCUCCCUCAUGGAAACCUGCCAUCCCCUUUCUUAUCUGUAGAUGUAAAUAAAUGAAUACGUAAACAAGCAUUUAUGGGACUUAUAGAUGGGCCGGGUAGCAAACCUACAUGGGUGAGUGGGAGACAUGAGUUGGCUUUGGAGCAGGAUUGCGGCAGCGAGGUAUGUAUUAGGGAUGGGAAAUAAAUAUCUUUAGUUCAUACUUUAAUUUGGAUUUUCCCAAUUUUGUGCUUUUGAACCACUAUAUAAAGCGAACUUCAGAUAGCCUUUGAAAUUCGCAUUUCUCUGAAUUUUGCAAUGGAAGUUCUCCGGACAAAUAGUGCAUACAAAAUUGCAUGCAUUAGGGAAAAUAACAUUCCCAAAUAUAUUAGGAAAAUUGCUUGUAAAAAUGUAUAUAUAUAUAUUGGGCAAAAAUGGAUAUAAAAUGCCUUCGUUAGGAGAAUUGUGCACAAAAAUGAAGUUUUGUGUGCGUGUUUUUUUAAAAAGAUCUUCAAAGUUUGGGAUGAGCCAAUCUUAAGACUGGAGAAGUUCUCAAAAGUUUGAGGCUCUCUGAACUUAAGACUGGAGAAAUGAGGAACCGAGAGAAAUUGAAACUGACUGAUCUGGGUAUACCUAGAGGUGUAUACUUAGAGGUAUACCCGGAGAUUCUCCCUACUUCGACAUGGUAGGUGGGGCUGUGAACAUUGCCCUUCCUCUUCCAUUGGUCCCUUUAUCCACCCAUGGGCAAGAAUGCUAUGAGUGUUCUGGCUGGCUGCUGUAGGUAUGGGAGAAGGUAAGGGGAUAACUCAGGUAGGGGAACUGAGCAGGAGGUCAGAGACUAGGCAGGAUUUCCGGAUAAGGAUCCAUCACCCAUAAUUGCUGCCUCACUGCCUCCUUUCUUCAGGCAAAGACCCCCAGCUUGGCUCAUGUCAUCUGUAACAACAGGUAGCCCUGAAUGGAAAGAGGAACAGAAGAAGCUGCUCUUAGAUCAGGUCAGGUUAUUGUCCUUCUAGACCAGUUUCCCAAGGUCCCAGGGAGAAGAUUUCCCCAUUACCUGCUUCCUGCUCCUUUUAACAAGAGGUGCUGGGGGUUGAACCUGGGACCUUCUGCAUGGCAAAUACGUGGUCUGCCACUGAGCCGAGGUCCCUCCCUGAGGGGUCCCCAGGUGGACACUACAAUGUGGCUUCAAGAUAGUAUCACUAUGCAAUUGGAAAAUGGUGCCUGUUAUGUGUAGAUCCCCUUUGCUGUGUCAGGGCAAAUGUCUCUUUUCUCUCUCAACCAGGCUGGGGCAACUGUGGCUCCCUAAACAUGCACAGAUGGGUGUCUUCGGAGAGGAGAAUUGGAGAAUGUCAUGCCAUAGGGCGGUUUCUCUGGAAGCGGACGAUAAAUAAUGCAGUCUGAACUGCAAAUCUCCUGAGUCGUGAUUUUGCAAUUCCCCCAAGGCCAAUUUGUUGUCUUUAGUAGCUGGAGCCAGGGAUGUGGUGAGAACCAUUCAUUUUGAACAUGCCAGCUGGUUUUCCAGCCCUGCUAAAUGCACAAUGACACGUCCUUACAAAAUGGAGGCAGUGUGAGAUUGGAUUAUUGUCCUAAUGCUACCAAAGAUUGAACGGCCAUUGUGUCUUUUUCUGCAGUAAGGAAAAACAGAUGGGAGUAGCGACGGGAAAAUGCGGGAGGACCAUGAGUGGACGAUGGUAAUGUCUGGACCCCCUUUAAAAUUCUCUGAAUGGGGCACAGUGAUGGUGUGAUAAAAGCCUCAUCUGGAAGUAGAGGUGAUGGAGAAAUCCAUAAUAGACUCAAGUGAGUUUGGAUUUCUAUGAAUCUGACCUAUGGAUUCCACAGUCGCCCAGCUUUUUUCCAUGUUGCAUGGAUUUCCUGGACUUGCCAACCAGAUUUUUUUUUUCCUUUGGGGAGGGGAGAUUUAUUUGCAAAUUCAUACUUGUGCCAAUGUACAUUAGUGCAAGUCUACCUUAGCGUGAAUAAGCACUAGUACAAAUGCCUAUUUGACUCUAAUGUGCAUUUCCAUGACACACAUUUGCGCAAGUGGAAUGAAAUUCUCUUACACCCCUAAAAUAUAUCUAUCCAAUUUUGUCAUUAGUGCAAGUGCACAUUACUGCAAGUACCUACUUGACUUUAAUGUGUAGUUCUGCUAACACACAUUUGCGCGAGUGGAAUGAAAUUCUCAUACAUCCUUAAAAAAAAAUCCAAUUUUGUCAACAAGUGGACAAUGGAAUGACAGUCUGUGAAACGCAGAUGGGACUGAUUUAACAAAAUCUGUACAUCCCAAUCUGGAAGCUCCCCCAGUUUCUAUACUCAGCAAUGGGUAAUUUGUGGCCUUCUGGGUGUUUUGGCCUACAACUCCCAUCUCUCCUAGCCAGUAUAGCCAAUUGUGAGGGAUGAUGGGGGUUGUAUGCCAGAAAACUGGAAGGCCACAAGUUGUGACUCCCCUGUCUUAGAUCUUUUUUAUUAUUAUUAUUUUAAGGAAAGGAACAGGAAGGGAGAGACAGUUUGGUGAAUAGAAGGAUGGUGACUGUGGCCCUUGAACCCACCAUGCUGCUGAGUCCUCCUCAGUGGAUGUGGCCACACCCCUGAAGUUAUUGGGUCCCUGACUCUCUUGGGAGGGGGUGGGGAAUGCAGAAGGAUCCCUUUGUUAUCUCUGAUUAUAGGUUGGAAAUAACAAGGGGAUUCCUCUCCCCACCUCCUCCCCAAGUCCGCGGUAGCCUCCAGGCCAGGCAACAGGGCAAGGGGAAGGAGGUACGCUCACAGAGGGAGCCCAAGCAUAUGUGGUUGCUGGAUGGGCAGCCACUAUAGCCUGGAUUCGGCCUGUGGGCUGAAGAUUGUCCACCACUGGUGUAGAACAUACGGUCCUUGUUCAGCGUAUACCAUUGUCCUGUGCCUUUGCAUGUAGUCUAGCAACACAGACGGGUCUGUCUGGAUCUCAAAAUCCCAACCAAACCUGGAAAUCUGAUCCAAGUGGUGAUGCGCCAAAUGAUAAGACUGCAGAGAGGCAAGAGUUCCUCUCCCAAGGAUUGGAUGUGAUAUGUUAGAGGCCUUCUUGCCCAUGUUGUAGGCCAAAUCCUUUGCCUCCACUUGUUGUAUUUCAAAUGCCUAGAAAGCCUGUCUCACCAAAGAUAACAGUGAGAUGAAAGAAAUGAGUGUGUACUCUGGAAACCCAUUCCUCCAUUAUACCUUCACUUCUGUCAAAACAUUUGUUUCUUUCUAGCCUUAGUUGUAUGAGACGGAGUACAAGGAGCUUUAGCAACAUUCUUUCUGAUGGAGUGAUUUGGUUUCUCUCCAGCAGAGGGCAGUACUAAUGUUCAGCUGCUAAAGUUCAGUCCAGCUGUGCCCGAGCCAUGAUUGAUCAAAACUACUAGUGCCUGGUGUUCCUAUAGUGUUUCUGUUCCCAGCCUGCAUCUAGGAAAGUUUCCCAUCAAGUCUCCUUCUCACAGAGUCCUGUGGGUGUUUCUGAUCUUUAUGAGCCUGCAAGUGCCUUGGAUGACAUUAAAAUGCUGGUUUCUCAACCAUUGUGAGAUGCCAGAUUUUGCUCUGAGUGUGGGGUGUUUCAGCAUGGAUGCAAGGACAUGGCUGACCUUUUAAGUGCUUCUAACUACCCCCUUGGAAACCCACCCCAGUUGCCUGACUGAGGAGAGGGUUGGAUGUACAAGAUACAACUACAGUACACGCAUCAGUUUGCUACAGGCAUUUGCAGCCCAGCCACCACAAGAAAUGCUUGGUGAGGAGACUUCCCAACCAAUUAGGGUAUUUCCAGAUGUCAUGUUCUCCUCCCCAACCAACCAGGGUAUUUUGAGGAGUCACAUCCUCCAUCCUAACCAAUUAAGGUACUUCUGGAUGUCACACUCUUCUUCCUAAUCACUUCGUAUUUCCAGAUGUCACAUUCUCCGUACCAACCAAUUAAAGUGUUUCUGGAUGUCA